CAAAGGCACCUACACAAGCGACUGCAGGUGCGCAGAAGCCGGCUGCCGCAGCGCAGAAGACAGCUGGUAGGUUACGUGCAUAGUAGAAUGGUUGUCAAGGUGUUGAGACGUGUCCUAGGUACUGCGACUGGCACCGCCCAGAAGACCACAGGACAAGCGACCGGAGCCGUGAACAAGACUGUUGAUCAGGGCACUGGAGCCGUUAACAAGGGUGUAGGCGCAGCAACCGGUGGGCUGGACAAAGUCACCGGCGGCCGGUCGGCGCCUGUCUCGAAGACAGCGGGUGGAGCCGUCAAGGGAGCCACAGGGACGGCUGGUAACACGGCCAAGAAUGUUGGCGGAACAGCUCAAGGAGCGGUAGGCAACCUGGCCAAGACCGGGCAGAACACUGUUGGCGCUAUUAGGCGUGGUGACAUUGCAGGCACUGCAACCGGUCUGGCUUCCGGUGUGGGGGAGACGGUUGGCGGCGCCGGUGAAGGAGUCAACAAGACCGUAGGAGGACUUGGUGACGGCGUCAACAACACUGUCGGUGGAUUGGGCAAGAAUGUCGGUGACACCAUCGGCGGCCCAGGCGGCAAGCUUGUGGGCGGUGCUACCGGCAAUGUGGGCAAGACCGUCUCAGGAACAACGGCUGGCCUUGGCAAAACA